AUCCCCCGCGAGUCCAUGCAGCACGCGAGGGUGGACCACUACGACGUCCCGCGCAGGACCCGCGUCAUUGUGAACGCGUGGGCCGUCGGGAGGGACCCGGCGGCGUGGGACGGCGCCGACGAGUUCCGGCCGGAGAGGUUCGUCGGCAGCGAGGUGGAUUUCCGGGGGCGGCAUCGCCAACUCGUACCCUUUGGCGCCGGCAGGAGGAUGUGCCCCGGGGUCGGGUUCACGGCGGCCGUCAUGGAGCUCGCUCUCACCAACCUCUUGGGGAGGUUCGACUGGGAGAUUCCGCCAUCAGACGUAGUGGAUAUGGAUGAAGCGCCUGGGAUCACGUCGCGGAAGAGGAUGCCACUGUGCGCAGUGGCGGCACAUCGCGCGGAAUGAUUGAGGCUAUACACGUACGCACCCUUGUGGUUUGU